UGGCCGAUCCAAGUCAGACUCCAAUCCGUACUAGCAGAAGGGCUGGCCGACCUCCACGAACUUGUCCGGGAACGACUGCAUAGCUGCAUAGACCGAGCAGGCUACACGUGUGUAGAGUUUGUAUAAGCUGAACAUGGCUGCAAGCAUGCUGCGGUUCACUAUGUGCCGAGGAACAUCUCUCGGUACAUUUCAAGCACGAGCCUUCUUUUCGACUGUGGCCAAGAAGCAGCUGCCCAUGGUUUCGUCGAUGUCUCAGAAUCUUGCCCCGUAUAAGCCUCAGUUCACAACGGUUCGGCUGGCUUCCACAGACACGAACUACGUGAAGAUCUGGAAGGCGGAGCGUAUCCUCGCCGUGUCUAUGAUCGCCAUCGUUCCUGGGGCGUUUAUGUUCCCCAGUCCAGUGAUGGAUUGCCUCCUCGCAAUAUCCACCACCAUGCACAUGCACUGGGGCAUAGAGACAAUCGUGGUGGACUACGUUCGACCUGCUCUGUUUGGCAACCUGAUCCCCAAAGUUGCAGUUGGAGCUGUUUAUGCACUCUCUAUUGCUGCACUCACGGGUCUUUUCUACUUCAACUUUACGGACGUGGGUAUCGUGAAAGCCAUUCAGAUGCUUUGGACCGUGUGAUCAACUA